AUGGAUUCCAAUUUUUCCCUCAAACCGCAGAUUUAUACAAAUGAAGCUCGGCCAAAACUCAGGAAAAAGGAUCUAAUCAUUUCUAUAAAUACAGGAGACGGUUUUAAGAAAAAUAAAAUUUUAGGAGCAAGUGACGCUUCGGUGAUUUAUUGCCUCGAUCCUAAUUUUCAUCCUUUGUCUUGGAAACCAUAUCGUAUUUGUGAACAUGUAGAAAAUGUAACAGAUUUCGAAAUAAAUUUCCUAAAUAAUUCAAUACUCAUUAUUGGUGGAAAGUCGAUAAAUGGGCGUUCCUUGUCAAGUAUUAUGUCUUUAAAUAUCAGCACGUCCAAUACAAUUUGGCAUGUAGACACAGAAAUGAUUCCAAGCAGAUAUGGAUGUGCAGUGGCAAUUGAAGGAUCCAGGUUUGUGAUUACUGGAGGAUGUCAAUGUCUUGGUCUUGACAAAGAUUUUGAAGACUUUCAGGAAAUGCUCUUAUGCGAACGAGUACAGCUAACUAAACAAGUUGGAAACGAUGGCUACAUAAAAUAUUUGACUGAACAUGGUCCUCUUUUCACAACCGAUAUUCUUGAGAAAGAGCGUGUUUUGAGAUGCGUAGAAAUUCUUGAUGAAGGUGUCAAAUGGGAAUGGCUUCAACCUCUCCCUUUCAGUUUAAUGAAUCACGCCGUUGCCUUUCAUCAAGGAAUUGUCUAUAUUUCUGGAGGCCAACUUAUUCCUGGAGGACCAGCACUUCACUUGACUUUAGAAUUUAACGAAAAUUCAAAAAAAUGGGUAGAAAAGUCCAAUAUGCUGAUUUCCCGUGCUGGACACCGACUAAUAUCAUAUGAUAUGUUUCUCCUCGCUGUAGGAGGGGAGUGGCAGAUAUCCGGUCGAUGGAGUCCUGUAUAUUUCAUUGAAAAGUAUGACGUGGUCAGAAACGAUUGGUCCAUUUUAACAUGUGUUCAGAAUCCACGAUCACAUUUAGGGACUGUUUUAUAUUUCCACAAACUAUUUGUUGUAAGUGGCUAUAAAAAGGAAAAAUCUGAAUUUGUAAUGGAAACUGAUAUAUUUGAUUUGAUGACCAAGCGCUGGUAUGAAGGGCCCAUCUACCCUAGUAAGCAUAAACCAAAAUGUCUGAUAAUAACAGAAAACAGAUACGACUAA